AUGUGCAGAGAAAAAUAUCUCAUUGAUGCCCCUCCGGAGUUAAUUGCUGCACAAUCUGAAUUCUUUCUGCGUUGUGUGCAAGAUGGUGAACAACCUCAGCAAGUGGAGAGUAAAUUGGCACCAACGCAGGCCACCAGGCGGCAAUUGACUCCUGUUCAGCAGACACACAUCCUCUCAGAUAUCCAACAGCAUCAGCAUCGCUUCAAUUUGCAUCCAGGUCCUGGAGUUCCGGGAAAGGGCGUCUUUCUGCAGCAACCAUCCGUCUCAGUGGCCUUCCCGCCGCAGACGACCCUGGUGCAGAAUCGCCAGGUGAAUCCCUUCAUCAGUGGCCAGGGAAGCCAGUUCCUCCUGUCGCAGCAGCCAAGCCAGAAUAACUUCAAGACCAUCCUGCCACCUAGACUAGGCACCGGCGUUCAUCAGCAUCACACGCAGACGAACUUUGUACCCAACUUCCAGACGCAGACCUUGCGGCAAGUGCCUCCUGGCCAGUUUCAGCGCAGUGUUCAAACGCAAAUCCACCAAACUCCCCAGUUUAGCAAUGUGCGCUUCCCGCCGAAUCAGUAUCAGAUUCAAAUUUCACCCACAAUUGGCCAACAAUUACCCACUCUCACGUCAUUACAGACCCAAGGAGGAUUUCCUCCACAGCCUGUCCCGCAGAAUCAGUUCCUGUUGCAACCACAAUUUCCACCGCUCCCAGAGCAGCCUCAAUUCAUCGCGCCACAGCAGCAGACUUUCCAGUUUCCACCCGGCCAGCAGCCUCAACUUCCCCCAAUCUCAGGAAGCUUUCCACAACAAAUCCUGCAUCAACAAUUGCCUCUGCCGCAGCAGGAGCAAGUAUUCCGUGACCCACGUACUGAAGAGGAGCGCUUGCGUGAUUUGAAAGAGCGCGAGCGUCUCAUUCAGAAACAGGAGCAAUUUGUCCAGAAACACUACCAGAAGCAGCAAGCAAAAGCGCAGAAACUGCAUCAGGAAUUUCUCCUGAACCAGCAGCAAAUCAAACUUCAAUCUCAGUACAAGCCCAAUACUGGCCAAUUCAUCCCACGAUACUCUAACAGUCGGACUAUUGCUCCCCAUGAGCAUGACACCUUCCAGAGAGCUGUUAAGGAUUACCAUGAGUUGCAUCCCACCACUCCAACCACAGCCUCCUCUACAGAGUCUUCCACAGCUUUUCUCCCCACGACCACAAAGAGGAACAAGAGCAAGACGGAAAUUACAAUCUCAACUCCAGAACAGCUUGAACAACUUCUGCAAGGACAAAGGAUCUUCCCACAAUUGAAGGGUGCUCCGAAAGGCAAGUCCAAGACGAAGACAACCAAGGGAUUUGGUAGGGAAGAUCUCAUCAGGCAACUGAAGCUGGCCUUGGCGGAGCAGCCACAGGAUUUGCAAGGAAAGAAUUUCACAUCCAUGGAUCUGGUUUUACCGGAUGGGCAAAAAGUUCAAGUGAUCCGGACUACUGAUCCUAAUCUUAUCAAAAAUGCCACACCUCUUAGUGAAGAGUCACUUAUUAACCUCCAGACAGCACAACCUUCGGCAAAUGUAUACGAGGAACUGGCAAAGGGCGGUGUUUUGCCUGCCGGAGCAGAUUUCGAAGUAAUCAAGCAGAGCUCGGAUGGAAAAUUAGAGGAAGUUGGUCAAUUACCGCCCCAGAAAAAAGUCACAUUCGUCUAUUUGGAGGAACAACAAGAUGGCACGUACAAAGUGCAGGGAGUAAAGGGCAAUGGGGACAAAGUGCCACAUACAUCAGGCACGGAAGUGGAAAACAUCAUCCAGAGAAUAAAGAAGGGUGAGAUACAGUUGCCUCCACCGUCAAAUAGAGUUCAACACACCACAGUGAGGGAGGAUGUGCCCACAACUGAUCCGCCUAUUAGGAGUUCUUCCAUUCCUGCCACCGUGACGAUCUCCUCAACAUCUUCUGAUGAGAUCUUCGCCUCAUCGCCUAGAAUUACAUCCUCGAGGAGUCCCUAUGUCAGCUCUACAUCACCUUCGCCCUACUCAACAGUCGUAACGCCCAGAAGUGAGAAUAGCGUGUAUUACACGGGAUCCCCUAGUACUCGCGUUCACAGCACCACAGCCGCUCCGUACAGAUCCUCGACAUUCGCCCCAGAAGCCGCUCCGCUGGUAGAGACAACACUCCCAGUGUCCGAACAAACCUCCUCCACUGUCAACGUAGACACCGUCACUAAAACUGAAGACAUGGAAUUGGCACUUAUUCUCAAGAACAGCGGUCUUCACGCUAUGUCAAAGUAUCUAAAGCAGUCAGGACUCGACUCGAUCCUGAACGAAACUGGACCCUACACAAUCUUUGCACCCACGGACAAGGCGUUCAAGAACCUUCUGGUGCAACUCGGUGGACCCGAGAAAGCCGAAGAAAAGUUCCGCAACAAUCCUCGUCUUCUCAGUGGACUCCUCCUUCACCACGUAAUUCCGGGAUCAUUCGCAAUUGACACGCUUCAGGAUGAGAUGACUGGAGUGUCUCUGGCGGGAACACAACUCCGGGUGAAUCAGUACAAAUUGCACGACGCCGAAUGGAAUGAUGUGAAGGUAACGACGAUCAAUGGAGCCAUGGUGGUGCCAGACAAGCAGGACAUUAACAUUCCUCAGGGCGUCGCUCAAGGAUUAGAUAGAGUUAUGUUCCCGCUACCCGUCGGUGAUCUUCUUCAAACACUGCAAUCAGAUCGCGAGAGGAGAUUCACGACCUUCUUAAGAGCCGUCUUCGCAGCGGAUUUGUCUGAGCUCCUUCAAAUUAAAGGAUCCAAAACAUACACCGUUUUUGCCCCAACGGACGAUGCGUUCGCGAAGUUGACCACCGAAGAAGUAAACAGCAUGGUGACAGAUAGGGAAAAGGCGAGAACGCUUGUCACGAAUCACAUCUCCCCGGGUACACUCUAUUCGGCUGGGAUGAGGUUCUAUCAGAUCAGAGAAUCUAUGUCUACGGGAAAACCGAUCACACUGCAGAAGAACACAGGCAAGAUCAAGAUCAACGACGGUCACAUUGUCACAUCAAACAUUCCAGCCACGAAUGGCGUGAUUCACGCCGUUGACAUCCUGCUGUAG